GUAAACAAUGACAUUCCAUGUUGUCAAUCUCAUCGCUGCGUACUCAGAAUUCCGAAAAAAAUGAAGAGUUUUCUUGCAGUCUCUCGCAUUUUGGCAACACAUGUGUUGUUGUAUGCUGCAGAGGUACUCUCGAAUCCGCCUCCGCCGACCGGGAGUGACUUCGUUUACAAUGAGUUUCUACGGGUAACGCAUCUACCAUGUUGGACGGAGGGCUUCACUCACGAAAUGUGCUGCAGUGGGCGGAUGGACCCGCGACUAUGCGGACUUCAAUCCUACAAGGACAUGAGCGAGACAGCGAUGGAAACCUUUUCCAAGUACGUUUUGACAGAGGCUGAAUGUUGCGGCACGGGCUUCGCAAUGCGCGCCCCUUACGAUCUGACACCGCCUGAAAACACCAAAUGGACAUCAACUAACAACGAGAAGACAGGAGGUGUCUAUCUACCACAGAUGCAUGCAGCAACUCCACAAGGAAACCAAGAGCAGAUGAGUGGCGCUGAGCAGGCUGAAGAUACUGAGUCUGAGGUCUCUGCAGAACAAGUAGACGAAACUUCUUCUUGUCCAGCCUGGCACUCCUGGGAUGUCAGUCGACAUCCUGCGCUCCAGCCUGCGCAAAUCAACUGGGAGAAGGGUUUCGAGUAUGCUAGUCCCUAUUGGGGUUGGGACGGGCGGAAUAACUCACGAAUCCUGAUGGACGAUGCAGCCAAAGGGGAAUUAGAACCGGGAAGCACGUCCUCUUCGGUAAGUAACGAGGAAGAUUCAGCACACCUGCAUUUUCGCAUGUACAAGGCACAGGGUGUUGCCUUUUUGCCGGGCCUGUACUCCGCAAGGUACAUGGAUCUCUGGGAUGCCGAGCAGACAACUGUGAAGGAGAUAAUGUCGAAAGUAGCAGAUCUGAGAAAGGGAGAAAAAAGCAGAAGUGCCGUCGCAGAAACAGCAUCACGGCCAUAUCCGAACUUAUGCACUUUCCUCGAUCUAGGCGGCAAUCUUGGCGGUGCUGCGAUCACGCUGGCAAAACGGUUCCCGGAGUUGAGGGUGAUAUCUCUCGAGCCCAAUCCUUUGUUUUGCAGGUUUUUGAUGUGGAAUAUCAAAAGAAACAACCUCCUAGACCGUGUGUGGCCGCUGUGUGUUGGUUUAGCCGUAGAGAAAGACGUGCUACGUGCAGGAGCUUCAACACAAGAGGAAAAUACUCCUGGUGCAGAAGCUGAAGUAGGAAUUAAGGCAGAGGAGCAGAAAACUUUGGCGGACACAACGACACCUGUCCGUCGCCGCUUUACUCCGAAAUGUAUGGACAAUUUGCAUGCGCAUGCCUGCAGCAAGCAGACUCACCGCACAUUCUCCGAGGAAACGCGCAACGAGAUAGGGAAGCCACAGGACAGUGUACCUAUAGUAGAGUGGACUGGCGAAAUGCUGUUUAGGGCGUUAGGGAUGUUAACCACGACCACGACCACAACAGAACCGGAUAUUUCUAGAAUGUCGCACAUCACCAGCGAGAGCGAAGCAAAAGCCUUUUCCGCCUUUGACCUUGUGAAGAUAGACUGCGAGGGCUGCGAAUGGGAAACUCUGGUUGCUGCAGCGGUUCACAACUGGAGCAUGCUGAAAGAGGAACAGGACUACGAUACACCAUCACCAGAGCUCCUUGGUAGCGUAAAAUCUAGAAGUGGAACUACGACAAGUAGUGGAGCCAUUGCUUCAACGACAAGGACAGGUCGCGGUAACAGUUUUUUUGCGGAAAAUAUCCUUGGGAGGAGCGUGAUCAUGGGUGAGCUCCAUUUUCACUUCGCGCCACAGAAUUCAGACCUCUUGGACGUCACGAGCUUUCGUCGGGACACCUGCCGAGCACCGAGGCUCUCGAGUCUGGAGUUCAUAGGUUUGAAUGAAAUGCGCAGCCUCCUUUUGAAGUGUGGCUUCUAGUACGUAGUAGAACUUCCCCAAUAUGUAUGGGACCGCUAAAGAUAUUCUUGCUCACUCUUUGUUCUUCUCAUACUCCUUCUUCUACUUCUCUGUUGAUCAUGAAUCUUCUUCUUGUUACGCAGCUCCUAUUUGUGGUUAUUCGCAUUCUUCUCAACGUACCGCAUUCUAGCGAGAUCAAGUCGAAGAACACAGGUAUGGAUUUCUUCAAAUUGUUCGCCCCUGGGUACUUCUACUUCCCAGAGUCAGUAACUGAGAAGCGAGAGAUGCUGUAU